AGGCCAUAGCAACCCCUCCCCUACACGACACCGCCCCCGAGUCCCCGCAAUUCGCCACCUCCCUCCACCACCGCCGUCGACCCCACCAACGUCCCUCCCAAGUCCCAGUCCAUCUCCCUCCGACUCCCGGUCACGGCCCUCCGCCUCCUCCGCCACCCCCGGUGCCCGGUGCAAGCCUCUCGCUCCACGCUUCGCCGUCCACGCCCGCCCACCCCCCCCCCGGCGUGCCCGUGGAAGACCCCGUAGAAAUCGCAAACCUCGCCCGCCUUCGACUAGGGCUCUCAAACAAUCUUACUUUUCCAGAUUCCGGAUUCAGCAACUUUUUGUAGCAUCGUCUCAAAUUCAUCAAGCGAUUCACUAAUUCUUGCAAUUUCGCCCCUUUUGCAUCCACCGGGAAGCCAAGAAACCCCGAUUCGCAGCCAUGACUGAGUAUUGGGUGAGCCAGGGUAAUAAAUGGUGCGACUUCUGCAAAAUCUUCCUAUCAAACAAUCCAUCUACCAUUAGAAACCAUGAACUUGGUCAGCGACACAAGGAUAAUGUGGCCAAGAAGCUCAAUGACAUGAGGAAGGAGAAGGCUGCCAAGGAUAAGGAGCAGAAGGAAGCAGCUCGCGCCAUCGAACAAAUUGAAGCAAAAGCGAAGCGUAGCUACCAGAAGGAUGUUGAAAAUCUUCAGGAGGCUAGGGAGACUAGUGCCCGUGUACUAGAUGUUCAAGCAGGCGGUGAAGAGGAAUGGGAGCAUGACAGCAGUUCGGGGUAUUACUAUAGCCAGAGCACUGGGCUUUACUACGAUCCUAAAUCAGGCUUCUAUUAUUCUGAAUCUAUAGGAAAUUGGGUGCCACAGGAAGAGGCAUACAAGGCGGUCCAAACUUCAGGGAAUCCCAAACGUGGGAAACCUAUCUCUGGGAAAUUGGCGUCAUCUUCGAAGGGAACUCAAGAUUCAGGAGGAGGUAUGGCUAAACCACAAAAUGCACCAGCGCCUGGGCCAGUGGUUUCGAAAUCCUUGAAUCCCAUGAGAUCAGUUAAAGGAGCCGCCUCUUCUCUUGCUGUUAAUAAGAGGAAGAGACAACACGAGAAGCCCAAAGCCAUAUCGAAGGAGGAAGAAGCAGCACUAAAAGCAAGGGAGGCUGCGAAAAGGAGAGUUGAAGAAAGGGAGAAACCAUUGCUCGGUCUUUACAGCGGAAGUUGGAAAGGAUAAAGCAAACACUCCUGUACUUUACGGCGUGUGUUUUCAUCAUCUAGACAAUUCCAUUGCCUGAUUCGAUCAAUGACGAUUUAAUCGUUGAUGUGUUAUGCUAAGGUGUUGCAAUGGUCUUGAAACGGGUAUCCAUUUGCCUGUGAUUCACUGCAUGAGUGUCUUAGCCACUUUUAGUCGACCAGAUGGUUUACUGAUAACAUUAUAUUAACAGAGCCUUCAAACUUAUGGAGUCUUUAUCUCUUGAAUGGA